CGUGAAUUUUCAACAACACUGAGCUAUCCUUUAAGCUCCCUUGACAAGCCCUUUCUAGCGACAUACACAUAUAGAGCCAAAUCUUUUCUUCUCUAUCGGAGUCCUGCAUGAUCCUUUUGAUUCAGUGCAUCAUAUCUGCUUUGAUCAGUGAUUAUAUCUUUCAUUUCAUUAUGUCUUUUCAUUUCACAGGUUCAUUCAUCAUGGAUGAUAUUUGGUUGAAACCAUUCGUUUCUUGUACAAAGCCAGCAGCUAUUCUUGGGUCCUGUAUGUUGAAGUCUGCAUCCUGUUGCCCUCUCACUGCUCUCUCAUUGAAAAGCUGUCUGAUAUCAACCCUCUCCUCUCUCUGAGAGUCUUUUCCAAAAUGGCUGCAGUUUCUUGCAGUAGAGAAUUUGGAAAGAGCGCUAUUCCUGUGCCAACCAACGAGUCCUCGGGACCUUCGGCCGAAGACGACGAUGAUGUGCAAUUCAUGUUUUCUGCUCCCAAGCGAAAGUGUAGGAAGAGAAAAAGGUAUGCCACGAGAGAUUCAAGAGCGAUAGUGCUGAUAUUCUGAGCAGGGUUAGUGGCUUGCAAUCCAUACGUUGUGGCCCUCCUCAGCUCAGAACCAUCAUGUCUGGACCUGCUAUUGCUGCAAAGGUAGAGCAGAGACGAGCAAGUGCCGGCAUGGUACAGCAACUAGAAUCGUGUCAUAUUGGACUCGAUGAGAACACAAGAUUGCCAGCUCGCAGCGGUUCACUCCCUGCCAUUCCAGCCAUUGCCGGACGUUCACAAUCUACCCAAUCCGACCCGUCAAUGCAGUCCAAAUACUUGCGUCCUGUAUAUGGAUCCGAUGUUCCGGAUCCUACUCUGACGGUACCAUGGGAUGAGCCGUCGAUUCUAUCGCAACCUUAUAUCUCACCCAAUGGUUGGGAGCCUUUGCAAUUCGAAAAUACUUCAGCCAAAAGGCAUAAGAGUGACAAGCAAGCAUCGAUGUUUCAUUCGAUCAACCAUUCUCAGCACCACUAUCAGCCCUCGCAGAUAUCUCCGAAAACCGUUCAUUCUUCCCUCCCGACCCCUCUUCGGCAUCCAUCCGGCGGCUACGAGACUGGGUUUGUUGACAUGCUCGGAAGCUCGGCAAUGCAAGAUAUGCAGGACGUUACCAUCCCGAGUGACCCCAUGGAGGUCACCUGGGAGGAUGUUAGCUGCGAGGCGUCCCCCAAUAUCGAUCCAAGAAGUAACGAGUUAUAUUUCGGCUCGGCAGCCACCCCCGUAAGUCUUAUCGGCACAGGAACGGUCACUUCAAAUCGGCAAAUGGUACCACCUUCCUUUUCGCAUAAUAUGAUGGGUGUCAAUAAUAUAGGCUCUCAUCCAAAUGCCAGGAAUACCAGGGAAUUCCAGCAAUAUCAAGUGGCAAAUACCCAUCCGGCAAUGCUUGAUUACAGAUCAGCCAAUGAACAACCUUCUCGUUUCCCCACAUCUUCAAACCUGGAGAGACAUGGACAUGGGAGAGAAAAUCAUCACUUCCUGCAAACGGCUGCAACAGCUUCAGGGAUGAACUCACAAUCAAUUCCCCGAGUGGCUCCCAGUAAUCCAAACACUCCAUCUCCACGCUUCUUUUGGCAUACACCCCGUCCGCCUCAGCUCAUCUCACCUCGUAACCCAGAACAGAUUUCCCCGGAUACACAACAGAUACAUGAAGCAGAUAUGCUACGCAAACCAUCUCUGUAUGGUGUCCCUCCUUCGCCGAUGUACACUUCGAGGGGUACUUCUAAGCAGCCUGCAGAUACCAAUGGGAGAGGCAUGUUGACGCAAAAUCCUACACAUGGGCAUGGGAUGAGUAAUAGGCAAAUACUUACAUCUCAAAGAGAUCCCACAUCCGAAAUUUCGAGCCAGUCAGGUCCGUUGAAUGGAGAGACCAAUAAACCAAGACACGAUGUCAUGUCCGCGACGACGACUGGUCAGUCCUCUACCAGCGAGAAUCCUCGACCUCAGAACCCCCGAAAAAGAAAACCUCUCUCCCAUUCUCCCAAUCUGUAAGUCUUCAUUCCAUCCCCUCCUUAGUUCCCGUAACUUUCACGGGUUCUCAUACUCACCAACAUACCCAGAAUCGUCGACAUCGCAGAAACAUGUCAAGAAGUCUUCCCCUUUGCUCUCGUGGCAGAACGCCACAACAAACCCAUCCAAAAGGUCUUUGAUGCUUUCGCGGCUAUUAUCCAGCUCCCUCUUCUGCGCAAUGCGGAUGAUAAGAGGAGACAUGGAUCGCUUGGGAAGAGGAGGAUGAAGGAGUAUCGUGAUGCGAGGAAAGCUAUGGCGCUUGCGAGGGAGGACGAGUUGAAGGCCAGGAGGGAUAUGCUUGCUACGGGGGCUGAAGCUCAGUUUGGGAGUGUGAGAAGGCCUGGGAGGAAUGGGUAGAUUGAUGGGGAUGGUGUUUUUGUUUGCGCGUGGGAUGGGUUUGU